AUGGCGGGCAGCGCUGCGAAUUUGGAAGAUGUUCCCUCUGUGGAUCUCAUGACUGAACUUCUCCGCCGCAUGAAGUGCUCUGCCAAACCUGACAAACGCCUUAUCCUCGUUGGUCCUCCUGGGUCCGGAAAGGGAACACAAUCACCUCUAAUUAAGGAUGAAUAUUGCUUAUGUCACUUGGCUACUGGUGAUAUGCUAAGAGCUGCUGUUGCAGCCAAAACCCCUCUUGGAGUCAAGGCUAAAGAGGCCAUGGAUAAGGGGGAGCUUGUAUCAGAUGAUUUGGUUGUUGGCAUAAUAGAUGAUGCACUUAAGAAGCCUUCAUGCCAGAAAGGAUUCAUUCUUGAUGGAUUCCCGAGAACCGUGGUCCAAGCACAAAAGCUGGAUGAAAUGCUUGAAAACAGAGGAGUUAAAGUUGAUAAGGUUCUUAACUUUGCUAUUGAUGAUGCCAUCUUGGAGGAGAGAAUUACUGGCCGCUGGAUUCACCCUUCUAGUGGUAGAACUUACCACACAAAAUUUGCUCCCCCUAAAGUACCAGGAGUUGAUGAUGUUACUGGAGAGCCUCUCAUUCAACGCAAAGAUGAUACUCCUGCUGUACUGAAAUCUAGGCUAGAUGCCUUCCACAGGCAGACUGAACCGGUAAUCGAUUACUACAAUAAAAAGGGUAUUGUUGCGAACCUCCCGGCGGAGAAGAAACCAGAGGAGGUCACAGGUGUGAUCAAGAAGGCGCUUUCCUAA